AUGGCCAUAGGGACUCCAAGGGUGUCUCGCACUUCAGUAUUGUUGCGGUACCCCUUCCUGCUCAUGCUGCUGUGGAUGUUUAUCCCCAUGCUCCUGAUGGCGGUGAUGACCUUCCUGGAGUUGCCGAUCCUGCUGUUCGGGUUAUUGCUGCUCUCGAUGUUCGGGGUCGUCCGGGGGCUGAUGCUGGUGGCGGAAACGAUCCUCGCAGAGUUCUUCCUGCAGCUGCUAUUCACGGUGAUGGUGCUCCUGAUGAAGGUUCUGGGGCUGAUUGCCAGGUUGAAGAGGAUGCUGGUGUUCGACAUGAUGUUCGUGCUAUCGAUAUUCGUGCUCUCCCUUCUGACCGUGGUGCUGCUGACGACCUUCUUGGAGGUGCAGACGAUCGGGCUUGUUCUGAUCUUCGUCGAGGUGCUGGCGCCGUCCGUCGAGGAGACGACUUUCAUCGUGUUGCUGUCGACUUUCGUGCUGGUGACGACGAUGGCGCGGAUGGUGUUCAUCGUAUUGAGGCCGACUCGUGGGCCAGAUUUCUGUGAUGGAGGCGAACUUCGUGGAGCUGCUGCCGAUCGUGAUCUUGCUGAAGUUCGCGCUUAUGCCGUACUUCGGGAAUGUUAUGGUGCCGACCUUCGUAGCGACGGCGGCCAACGUGCUACUGCUGAGCGUCGUGAUGAUGAUGACCGUCUUCGAGGUGCUGACGAUCGUGUGGGGUCCGAUCUUCGUGGAGGUGCUGGAUCUCGACCGUAG